AUGUCGACCUCUAGGGAGCAGCAAAUUCUCAUAGCCGAGACGAUCAGGGCUAUGAAGAAGGCUGUUAAAAGGAAAGCCUACGAAUCCGACUCCGACUCGUCGAUUGAAUACACCACAAACCGCGGUCACAAGUUGAAGAAGAGAGCGCGCUUCGUCCGCGAAGGCAAACUUGGACCCCCGACUGGCCCUGCUGUAUACAAAGAGGUCGUUGAACACGCUGGCUAUCAGCGCGCAAUUAUAAGCCGAAACCCUCCUCUUAUCGACGAAGACGGCUACGACAUUGACAGCGCAGACGAUGAAGAGCAAGUCCAGGAGGCGAUUGCCUCUGCUGCAGAGGUGGACCCAUACUCGUCUAUCCACCUUGAAAGCCUACUUGCCCCUCUGACGGCCGUUACCGACCUGCCACAUCAUCCCACAAUGUCCCGACCGUUCACGUCGAAAUCCCUGACCGAUCUAGCCGUACAAGGACGAAACCUCAUGUACAAGGAGAACGCUGCGCUCUGGAAGGUCAGACCACUCCUUACGAGGCUGACAGGAGACCACACUUGGGUCAAUUGCGAGAAGAUGCUAGGGCCAAGCGACUUUGAUUACUUCUCCGACGACUUCACAGCAAGGCUACUCCACCAAGGGACAAAUGGCUCGACAGAGGACGAGAUCGAGAGGAUAGUAACCCCAAAGGCCAACGGAGGCUCUGGAACAAUAAACGGCAGCAAUGGCGACAAGCCUAGCACUUCAGAUGUGGAUCAUGAUCAGGAGACAGAGGCCGCACAGGAUGUUUCAAUGUCCGACGCCCCUGUACCAGAGAUCGAUCCUGUAGAGACGAACAAGAGUAAGGACGAGUCAAGCAGUAUAGACGGAGACAAGACAGCGCAAGAUGCAGAUGCUGACAAAGAAGACGUACCGAAACCAAAAGAUGAGCCAAACGGUGAAGCGUCAAAUGAGAAGAGAGACGAGACAGUCAAAGAGGCUGAAAAGGACAUUGAGAAAGGCGGCGGUGACGUCGAGAUGACAGAUGGAGUUACCGUUGAUGAGCCGCCCAAGUCCACUUCAGAUCCCAACGAUGCUCACAGCCGGGCAAUGUCUGCGACUCCUGCUGCCUCAGACGAGUCCUUCAUCCACCCCAUCUUCCUUGCCCCUGCAUCAGCCCAUCCGGAUCGAGACAACGGGCUCCCAGACCAGGAGGCCGAGGAUGUCCGAAGGCUUCUUCAGCUCUACAUUCAAAAGCAGGAGGAGGUCUGUCGCGGAACUAAGAAGCUCUAUGAGGGGCUUCUCAAAGCAGAUCGAUUACGGAAGACGGUUCUCUCAUGGUCGAAGGCUGAGGCACAUAUCGGUCCCGGCCGAGACAUGUCUGAUGGCGAGGACUGGUACGACAAAGAAGAAUGGGGCCUCACGGACGACCUUAAGAAGGGACAAGACGAAGAGGAGGAAGACACGACUCAAACACAGAAGAAGACUCGCAAUAGGAAGUAG